CGUUGAAACGGACCUGUCGGCGAACACAUGGACGAGAGCUCGUUACAGUGGGUCGUAGCACAACGUGGAAAGCAAACCACUGCGUAUGCAAACAUAGCGGGAUUCGCCCUCCUGGUGUAUGAUUAUUACCUUACGAUUGACCAAGAAGUAGACCUCGUCUGGACGCGGAGAUGGGACCUCGUCCAAGUCGUUUUCAUGCUCGCUCGAUAUCUGCCGUUUCCAGCCAUUGCCUUGACUGUCGUCCGCGUCCUGGAGACGGUAAGGAAUGGGCCGUGCCCAAACUUGGAGGGAUCCAAUGUGUCCCAUCUGCUGAGUAUAUUACUCGCCGAAAUACUUUUGAUCUUGCGCACGCUGGCGUUUUGGGAGGGCAGCAAACGGAUGGCAUGGGCGUUGACUAUAUUCGCACUUUUUUGCCUCGGCGGGGCCGUAGGCUUCACGCAACUCGCGUUUAUCAAAGUGCCAGGCAUAGCGAAACUGCCGCUAUCUCAAUGCGAGUAUAGAUUCAACCCCGGCGGAGCCGUACAGUACGGUGUUCUUUUGUUCCACGAGAUAGUCAUAUUAUGCGUGAUAUUGUACAGAUGGUUUACGUAUCAUCAUCGCGCCCGGUCCAGAGUUGUCGUCAUCUCGUAUAUAGAUGCUGUGCUGUACAUCUGUGCUGUGAUAUGUCUAUCGGUCGCCUCCAUCGUAACUAUAACCACUCAACCACCAUAUCACACAGAUUACUUCGACAACCUCCAAGUCGUGGGCCACACGAUCUUCUGCACGCGCACCUUCUUCCAUCUGCGCAAGAGCGCCCAAUACAUAUCAAGACGUGUGACAACGGAGACGUCACUGGAGGAUCUGACUGUCGC